AUGAAGAGUCCAAGCAUGGCGGCUGUGUUUAAGCAACAGAAGGUAGAAGACAUCUAUGAAAUUGGAGAAGAGCUAGGGAGCGGCCAGUUUGCGAUUGUGAAGCAGUGCCGGGAGAAGAGCACGGGGGCAGAGUACGCCGCCAAGUUCAUAAAGAAGCGCCAGAGUCGAGCCAGCCGGCGCGGGGUGAGGCUCGAGGAGAUCGAGCGGGAGGUCAAGAUCCUGCAGCUGAUCCUCCACACCAACAUCAUCGAGCUACACGACGUGUACGAGAACAAGACGGACGUGGUCCUCAUCCUUGAGCUGGUGUCUGGAGGAGAACUUUUUGAUUUCCUGGCUCAGAAAGAGUCUUUGAGCGAGGAGGAAGCCACGCAGUUCAUCAAGCAGAUUCUGGACGGGGUCAGCUACCUGCACACCAAGAAAAUUGCCCACUUCGAUUUAAAGCCCGAGAACAUCAUGCUGCUAGACAAGAAUAUCCCCAUCCCGCACAUAAAACUGAUAGACUUUGGUCUGGCCCAUGAAAUAGAAGACGGGGUUGAAUUCAAAAACAUUUUUGGGACGCCAGAAUUUGUCGCACCGGAAAUCGUAAAUUAUGAACCUCUCGGGCUGCCAGCGGACAUGUGGAGUAUAGGAGUUAUCACGUACAUACUGCUGAGCGGGGCAUCGCCGUUCCUGGGUGAGACCAAGCAGGAGACGCUGGCCAACAUCACCGCCGUGAACUAUGACUUCGACGAGGAGUUCUUCAGCCACACCAGUGACCUCGCCAAAGAUUUUAUACGGAAGCUUCUGGUGAAAGAUACGCGGAAGCGUCUCGCAAUACAAGAAGCGCUCACGCAUCCCUGGAUAAUGACUCACCAGUCCAAAGCCCAGCCAAGCAAACGGGCCGAGAACAGGCAGCUGAAGACCAAGCGGCUGAAGGAGUACACGCUCAAGUGCCACUCCAGCAUGCCCCCGAACAACACCUACAUCAACUUCGAGCGCUUCGCCCGAGUGGUGGAAGACCUCUCAGGGAUGGAGCAGGACUUCGGCGCCGUGGCCGCGUCCCACAACUCCUUGCAGGAGGACCUGGGCGCCCUGGUCUCCAUCUAUGACGAGAAAGAAGCGUGGUACAAAGAGGAGCACGAAAACGUCAGGCACGAACUCUCCCAGCUGAAGUACGAGUACCGGAAGGUGGAGUCCCUUAAGAAGCACCUGCAGGAGGACGUCCGAGCCGUCGGGACCAACCUGGCCGGCAUCACGGGGAAGUACCUGGACCUGCAGGCCCAGUACGAGGCCCUGAGCAAGGAGCUCUCGGAAGAACUCCGGCGGGUUCAGGACUGGACGGGGACCCUGCGGCUGGACCAGGAGCCCUACAGCUGGGCGGCCAGCGAUAAAGACAUAAGCGAGUCUCUGAUGGAGCUGCUGAACAGAUCCUGUUGUGAGGAAUUCCUGGCGGCCUUGAAUCUGGGGGUCACAAAAGCCAGCCAGUGA